GGAUCAUUGUAUAUUUGUUUUUGUUUUGUAUUUUGCAAGCCUUUCGUGCACUUUAUACGGACGGGAUCACUCGCAAAGAUGAUGUCCAUGAACAGCAAACAGCAUCAUUUCGCCAUGCAUCCCACCUUACCUGAGCACAAGUACACAACUCUACACUCCAGCACGGAGGCGAUCAGGAGAGCAUGUCUACAAACUCCACAGCUACAGAGCAACAUCUUCGCCAGUUUGGACGAGACGCUUCUGGCCCGCGCCGAGGCUCUGGCGGCCGUAGACAUGGCUGUGUCCCAGAGCAAGAGUCACCCGUUCAAGCCCGACGCCACGUACCACACUAUGAACACCGUGCCAUGCUCGUCCUCCUCCACCGUGCCCCUCGCCCACCACCACCACCAUCAUCAUCAUCACCACCACCAGAACCUCGAGCCGCCCGACCUCAUGGACCAUAUCACCUCCCCGUCGCUGGCCCUGAUGCCCAGCGCGCACGAAGGAGCCGGCGGAGGCGGCGGUGGGGGCGGCGGUGGUGGUCUGAUCUCCACUUCGGCCCACACGCACUCUCACAUGCACGGUUUGACCCACCUGUCUCAUCAGGCUGCUAUGAACAUGAACUCGCCGCUCACCCACCACGGCCUCUUACCGGGCCACCACGGCGGUGCGCAUCAGGGCGCACCGGGACUCUGUAACAACGGACUGUCCUCCAUAAACGACUCGGACACGGACCCGAGGGAGCUGGAGGCGUUCGCGGAACGCUUCAAACAGAGGAGGAUCAAACUCGGUGUGACUCAGGCGGACGUGGGGGGUGCGCUGGCGAACCUCAAGAUCCCGGGCGUGGGCUCGCUGAGCCAAAGUACCAUUUGUCGGUUCGAGUCUCUAACUCUGUCUCACAACAACAUGAUCGCGCUCAAACCGAUCCUUCAGGCGUGGUUGGAGGAGGCCGAGGGCGCGCAGCGAGAAAAAAUGAACAAACCCGACAUUUUCAACGGGAACGAGAAGAAGCGCAAGCGGACCUCCAUAGCGGCUCCGGAGAAACGAUCUCUGGAGGCUUAUUUUGCUGUUCAGCCUCGACCGUCUUCGGAGAAAAUCGCGGCUAUAGCUGAAAAAUUGGACCUCAAAAAGAACGUGGUGCGAGUAUGGUUUUGCAACCAAAGACAAAAACAAAAGAGGUUGAAAUUUUCUGCAGCCCACUGAUGGACUACUUCUAAAAAAAACACUGAGUUGGACUGACUUUUUGGGGACCAAGGAACAUCGCUUUGACAGUGCUAGUUUUCAAAUCCGUGUGCUCACGACAAAUAUGAUUAUUACAGUUUUAUUUCAGAACUCACGUGCUCUCUUUCUUUUCACUGUACUGGUGAAUGUAAAGUAUGCAAAUAACAGGUAAUCCAUAUGAACUACAUUUCAGUUGUUCAAUGCUUUCUAUCGUCACUAUAAAAAUAUCAUUGUUAAAUGAGCUAAAUCGAGCUUUGUUUUAGCCAGAUUUGUUUCAACAAUGACGUUUAUUUCAAAUGAUGAAAAUAGCCAUUUAUGGAUUACCU